UUUUCAUUUCAGAUUGAAAGACACCAUAAUACCUCUACUUUCCAAGUGAACUCGAAAUAAAAAUGGGAUUGUUCAUUGCUAUUUCCGCUAUUGGAGGAAUUUUUGCAUUAUAUACAUCAUGGCUAUAUGUCUUGUCCAUCAACCUGCCAUCUCAUUCAAUUGAUUCCAGGGAGCUGAAUUUUCCAAGUAAUCUUGAGCAGCUGAAAAAUGUGGUAGAUAUCCUUCAGGAGUAUAAGAGUGAUAACAUCGGAUACAUCCUUCUGCUGUUUAGCAGUGCAUACAUUUACAAGCAAACUUUUGCCAUUCCCGGAUCAGUCUUCAUGAAUCUUCUAGGAGGAGCUUUGUUUGGCCCAUGGUUAGCAUUCCCCAUGUGUUGUGUGUUAUCAGCAUUUGGUGCAACCCUGUGCUAUUUGCUCUCGCAUUUCUUUGGUAGAGCACUAAUCUUGAAAUAUGCUGCCGAAAGGGUCAAACCUCUACAGAAAAUGGUUCAAGACAAUCUAGAGAGCCUAUUCUUCUUUCUCCUCUUCCUGCGGUUAUUUCCAAUGUCACCAAACUGGUUUUUAAACAUGGCCUCACCUAUCCUAGAUGUGCCUCUCAUUCAGUUUUUCUUCUCAGUACUUAUAGGUCUGAUGCCAUAUAACUUCAUAUGUGUGCAGACGGGAUCUCUGCUGUCUGAAAUCACAUCUGUUCGAGAUGUCUUAACCACUACAACAAUGCUCAAGUUGGCAGCAAUGGCUAUUGUCGCUCUAGUGCCUGGUUUACUGUUCAGGAAACAGAAGAAGAGGAUGGAAAAAAGGCCUAAGUCGGAGAAGGAAGUUCUUUGAGAUAGUUUGAUAGUUUGUCAUAUGAUAUUAAAAGUAUGCAAUUUUCUCAUCUUUUUUAAUGUGUUGCACUGUAGUGUUUGCACAUUCGAAACUGGUAAACAACUAACUUAUUAUUUCUGCAUUCCAUAUUAUUACUCAACUCAUGAAUCUAUACAUGUAUUAUAUAUACCAACAUAUACCAACCUGAUAAUGACAAUGAAUCAUAUUUUGCAUUCUGUGAUCACUUUUUAUUAAUCAAAUCAGCAAUAUUUAUAAUUUUCUUUGUUUUGGAAUUCUAUAUAUUCUAAAUAAUAAGAGAUUAAUAUUAAUUGUAUAUUACAAGUUGAUAUUUUUGUUCAAAUUUCGCAUGUGAAAACCACAAUUUCUUACUUGAAAUCCUGUUGCCAAAUUAUGGAUUUAAGUGGUUAUUUUCAUUCAAAGUUACAUUGUUAUUAAAUGAAAGAUAUUGAUGAAUUGAGAUGGGCCUCUAGUGAUUAGUGUAGAUUAAACAUUAUUGAACAAACACAAAAUGUGGUUAAUCUUGAACAGUAAGAAAAAAAUGUGGGGGGGGGGCGUUCUAGGUAUAUCGUCAAGUGCAAUGUUUUAUCCUCAAAAUUUAUCCUCAAUAUUUGGUUUGCAAUAUUUAAGCUCCAAAUUGCAGAGAUUUUAGAAUAAGGCAGAUUUUCAAUGUUCAGUAUAUACCCUCCUACACAACAUAAUGUUGUUGGUAAAGGCCUCUAUAUUCAAUCAACAUAUUUUAAGGGUUUUUUUUCAAGAAUUUGUGUCAGCUUUUGAAAAGUAUGGUACACUAUAACCCCAAAGCCUCUCACUAAACAAACAUUUUUUUCAAGCAUUUAAGUGUGAAUGAAGAGAUAAUCCUACACUGCUCUUAAAUUAAGAAUUAUAUUGCCAUCUGCCAUUUAAAUGUAUCAUAGAAAUCAAUCAUAAUCUGAUGAUUUUGUUAGAAAAUGUAUUUAUUUUUUAUAUAUUUGAAUUGAAAUAUUUACAACAUACAUGUUUAUUGUAAAAAAGCUUUUUACUGUUAAAGUUUGUUUUUAAGUAUUAAUAUGUAUUGGAUUUUGGAUAGCACUCCAAUUAAUUCAUUCCAUUGACUAUAUCUAUGCAAUAUAUUUAUUCUACACUGAUACUUGUUACUAUUUGAUAAAUUUAUCAUGUUUUAGAUUAAGAUUAUGACACAAGAGAAGGAGGCAAGAAUGUAGGAAAAGUAGAAAGGAUGGGGGCAAUUACAGUCGGUCUUUCCUGAUUGAACAGAGAAAUGUAAUACUUAUACGUAUAUAUUCACAGCCACUCGAUUAGGAAGAUACAAUUAUGAUAAGGAGCCCUAUCCGAUCAGAACAUGUCAGGUGUUUUGCAGGGGGCCAGUGUGAAAGCAACAUAUGCCUACCUUGUGAAACAAAUAAUGUGUGUAUGUAAAGAAGGUAUAUGAAUAGUAUCAAAGUGUAAAGAGGGACUUUUAUCUUUUUAUCUGAAAAAAAUUGAAUAUUUUUUUCUACCUCAUGAACUGAAAAUAUGUAGGCUUUGUUUAUGUGUGUCUCAAAACCCGGGAUAUAUAUUUUAAAACUUGUUAUCAUUAUAAUGUUUUUUUUUUUCAAGAGAUGCUCCUUUUUGAUAUCAUGUAGUCAAUCAUGACAUUGGCGAAUGUUACCAAGACAUCAUUUUGACACUACCUUUCCAACACAUAUAACAGAAUAAGAGGAAAACUGCAACCAAAUAAAAAAAAAACUUUUCUGACAAUAGCAAGUAUUGACCAAUUGAACAUGUAAAAAUUACAUGUAAGUGCAGUCAUGCUGAAAAAAUCAACAUCAGUAUUUUAUAUCUAUAUAAGAUGCUCUUG